AUGAUUCCCCCUUCUCCAGUGUCAGUUCCUGUUGCAAUGGUUGAUGUGCGCAUAUUUGUGCAGUUGUGUAGAUUUUCCGAUCUAGGUACGAUCGCGUUCUGUUAUUAUAUACUUUUUUCUGCUCGUCCCCUUUCCUGCCUGCUCACCGAAGCGCGCUCACUAUGCUCACGCUUACUGUACAUACACACUCACAUGUAUAUACAUACAUGUACAUAUGGGGGCGAGGUCAGCCAGCAAAAGAAAAGCAUCGCUCUUCAUGGAGUAAAGUAUGAAACACAGGCUAGCUCAUGCAACGUGAUUGCGUGUAUUCAUCCUCGAUUCCUUUUCCGCCUGUACAUGAUCGCUGAAGGUGGAGGCCAAACAAUACCAUGUACAGACUGCUGUACGGGCAAGCGUGCGCGCGGGUACCUGAAUCGGAGUUGGACGGAUACCCAUUUCAGGACGAGUUUGCCGUCUUUGGACCAGUGGUGUGCAGGGGGGUUUAUUGGAUCUGUUUUAGCAUCGCCGCCCAUGUAUGCGAACUAUGUACGUACUAUGAAUACUGAUGCUUGGAUCAAUCAGGUGUCGCUUACGGACUGGGGGCGAACAGACAAGUCUCGGACUGAGAGAGGUACUGUUGGUGUUGUCUGCUUGAAGCUUGCUGUUUGCCCGUUGACCACGUUCGUCGUUGUUCAUUUCACCCAACGCAGCGCUCUAUUUCUAAAUGCCGGCAGUCGACGGACAACGUCGCCAGCUGCAAAUCCCCAUGUCGCCCCCCUUCCCAGCAUCCACUCAUUCAUGCAUGACAAGCCCUGGCUCAAACUGCGUGGCUGUCUUGGUUCAAGGUCACUCGUUUCCCUUGCUCCAUUGCCUUUAGACUCUCUUUCACCACUAUAUUCGUUGCAAGCAGUGCUUAAUUAUAUUCACCCCCAGCAUUCUUUACUGCACAUUUUUACCAGCAUCAUCAACAUGAAGGGUUCUAUUGCUCUUCUCAUUUCGGGCUUGGCCGCCCAGCAGGUCGCCGCUACCUGGAACCGUGGUGCCUCUGGAUACAACACUCCCCAAUACAACAACAACGAGUGUUCCGACAAGCAGAACAAGGGUUUUGACUGGUCCGACCUCAAGGACGGCCAGAAGGACUUCGACUACGGUGACUUCAAGUUCGGUGGUGGUUGGGAGUGCGCCAACAAGUUCGGAAAGCGUGAUCACUUGACCAAGCGUUCCUUCAACUCCAAGUGCGUCAAGAACACCGUCUCCAAGGAGAAGCCCGCCAAGUUCUCUUGCGACAAAAAGAAGGAUGGUUUCUCUGUCAAGGAGAUCGACGUCUCCGUCGACCACGAUGCCGAGCUCGAGUUCCACUACAAGAUGGGUGACGGCUCCACCUGCAAGCAGACCCAGGCCUGCUCCAAGAGCGGAACCACUGUCAAGAACACCCAGUGCGGUGGUGCCAAGGAGGUCGAGGUCCACUUCAAGGGCAGCUCCGGCAAGGAGAAGAAGGAGAAGUGCGAGAUCGGUUUCCACAAGAUCGACUUCGACUGCACACCCGGCAAGAAGUACACUCCUAUCCCUCCCCCAUCGCCUCCCAAGACUUCCAGCCCCCCCAAGUCGAGCUCGUCGGCCGUCAAGUCCUCUUCCCAGAGCACCUUGAGCACCGCCACCAAGCCCGUCUCGUCCUCCUCUUCCGCCCCCACCAAGCCUGCUACCUCUUCUGCUGCCUCCUCCUCUGUCUACUCGAGCGUUCCCGUUCCCAGCAAGCCCACCAGCAGCCACUUCAGCAACUCGACUGUGCCAGUCCCCAGCCAGCCCAGCUCCUCUGCGCCAGGAUCUUCGUCUGUCUACUCCACUGUCCCCGUCCCAUCCAAGCCCACCUCUUCCGCACCAGGAACUCCUUCGUCGUCUGCACCAGGAACUCCCGAGAAGCCUAGCUCUUCUGCCCCAGGAACUCCUGAGAAGCCCAGCUCUUCUGCCCCAGGAACUCCUGAGAAGCCCAGCUCUUCUGCCCCAGGAACUCCUGAGAAGCCCAGCUCUUCUGCACCUGGCACUCCCGAGAAGCCCAGCUCCUCUGCCCCUGGAUCUUCGUCUGUCUACUCGACUGCUCCUGUCCCAAGCAAGUCUGCCGAGUCCAGCAAGCCUGGCGAGUCUUCCGCUACCAAGCCCGUUCCUUCGUCCAGCGCCCCUGGAACCUCCAGCCCGUCGCCAUCUGCUCCUGUCUAUCCCCCUCUUUCUUGCCCUGAGGUUCUCCCCAAGUGCUUGAACACCUGGAUCCAGAUCGACUCCAAGUGCAACGACAACACCGACUCUGCCUGCUACUGCAAGAUCCCCGACUUCACCAAGAACGUUAUCGACUGUGUUGCUUCCCGUGCCACCCCCGAGGACGCCGCCAAGGCUCUCCAGUACUUCGUCGGUAUUUGCGCUGCUGAUGUUCCCAAGAACCCCGGAAUCGUCACCAACUGCCCAUCGGACAUCCCCAUCAACGUUGCUCCCCCUACCCCAGCUCCCGCCACCUCCACCAAGCCUGCCCCCACUGAGCCCGCUUCGUCUGCUACCAAGCCCGUCAGCUCAGCUCCUGUUCCCUCUGGCUCGGCUCCUCCUGCUCCCGCCCCUCCCGCUCCUUCGGCGCCAGCUCCUUCUGCUCCUGCCCCUGCCCCUCCUGCUCCUGAGAUCCCUUGCACCACCAUUGUUGUUGGAACCACCUCGUACACCGUUCCUCAGAUCAUCUUCACCACCAACACCCCUGAGGCUCCUGCUCCUGGUGCUCCUGCCCCUACCCCUGGCUACGAGCCCAUCAACAUCGUGCCUGUGCAGUCCAUCCCUGUUGAGGCUCCUGCCCAGACCACCGCAGCUGCCCCAUCUGCUCCUUACCCCAUCCCCUCUGGGCUCUCCUCCACCGUCAAGCCUUCCGGUGCUGCUCCCUCUGGCACUGGCGCUGUUGUGCCUACUUCCCCCGUUGGCUUCACCGGCGCUGCUUCGGCCGUCCGCUUCGAGAUCCCCGCUGCCGUGGGUGCCGUCCUCGCCCUCUUCGCUUUGUAA